GACUUCAUCUCAGUCUGCAUCAUUCCACUAGUAACCUCGACUCUUGUGACAAUGGGUGUCGUUCUUGAUGACCUCUGGACUGAAAUUCUCCUCUUCGUGGCAACAGUCACACUGGUUAUUACACUAUACUUUCGCAUAUCUUAUCAAUAUUGGGCCAAAAAAGGAGUCCACACUAUUCAACCCCGGUUUCCUUUAGGUAACACCAACAUGAUUCUCCCGAAAGGGUUUUCCGUCGGAAUUUUAACAAAAAAAUUCUACGAUGAGCUCAAACAAAAAGGUCUGAAAUUCGGAGGCGUUUAUUUCAUUACGGAACCACAUUUGGUGGUUGUUGAUCCGGACUACAUCAGAGAUAUAAUGAGUACGGACUUCCAGUACUUCGUCAACCGCGGGUUUUACCACAACAAGAAAAACGAUCCUUUGAGUGCCCACUUAUUCGCAAUCGAAGGUAGCGACUGGAGGAAUCUCCGAAUCAAACUAACCCCAACCUUCACAUCUGGUAAAAUGAAAAUGAUGUUCCACAUGGUCAUCCAGUGCGCCAACUACAUGAAAGAAGCCAUCGGUGGUACUUUAGGUCAAGAUAUAGACAUCAAAGAAGUCAUGAGUCGGUUUACCACGGACGUCAUCGGCUCGUGCGCGUUUGGAAUCGACUGCAACAGCUUCAAGUACCCGGACGCCGAGUUUCGAAGGAUGGGCCAAAAGCUCUUCGAGUACAACCUCUGGGAAUCCAUUCAAGCUUUCUUCAUGUUGAACCUUCCACAACUCUCCCUGAAACUCGGAAUUCCGUCCAACAAGAAAGACAUCCAGAAGUUCUUCAUGACUACGAUAAGAGAUGCCGUUAAGCUUCGGGAAGAAAACAAAAUCACGCGACGCGACUUCUUACAGCUUCUAAUUGAAUUGAAAAAUAGUACUGAUUUUACUUUGGAUGAAGUUUCAGCACAAGCUUUUCUGUUCUUUGUUGCUGGUUUCGAAACUAGCUCGACCACCAUGACUUUUGCGUUAUACGAACUUGCCAAAAAUCCGCAAGUUCAAGAGAAGCUAAGACAGGAAGUCUGUCGCGUUUCUGAGAAGUAUGAUGGUCAGAUUACGUAUGACGGUGUGAUGGAAAUGAAGUACCUAGCUCAGGUGGUAGAUGAAACUUUACGCAUGUAUCCACCGCUAGCCACUCUGAAUCGUCGUUGUUCUAAAGAUUAUACUCUUCGUGAUACAAAUAUUAAAAUCAACAAAGGUACGAGAGUGUUAAUUUCGACAUUGGGGCUCCACAUGGACCCAGAUUUUUUCCCGGACCCAGAGAAAUUUGAUCCUGAUAGGUUCAGUGAUGAGAACAGGGCAGGGAGGCACCCGUUUGUUCAUUUACCUUUUGGUGACGGGCCCAGGAAUUGCAUAGGUUUACGUUUUGGACAAAUGCAGUCAAAGAUCGGGGUGGCAACAGUGGUUAAAAAUUUCAGGUUGAGUGUUAGUCCGUCGACAAAGGCCAUAAUAUUUGAUCCAUAUGUGUUCCUUCUUUGUAGUAUAAAUAAGAUUUACUUAAAAGCUGAAAGGGUGUAGCGUAUGACAAUUGACAAUUGCAUUUUUGUAGAAACAGUAAAAGUUUUCGUUUUGUUUGUUUAUCUGCAUGCAUUUAUCAAUGGGAGUUUCAAAAAUAAAAUAGUUUAUCUGCUA